AUUUUGUUAGCAACUUUGACGUCUGCGUAGGUUCUGCCAAAAAAUGUGUUGUGUAGUGAGCUAGUAUUUUUAUUUUAAAUUCUUGUAAAAAUAUUCAUAUAACAUAGUUUAUAAAGGAAAACAAAUGUCUGUGCUCAAUAAGGAUACUUUGCUAGCUCCACAAGCUGACCAAAACAAUGCAACCGAAAAUGAUUUUUAUGGUAGAGCGCAAAAAUAUUGGUCCGAAGUUCCUGCUACGGUGAACGGCAUGCUCGGUGGUUUAGGAUAUCUAAAUAGAAUUGAUAUCCAAGGUUCCAGUAGUUUUUUAAGAGAUUUAAAAGACUUGGGUAAAAACAACGCUCUCGAUUGUGGCGCGGGUAUUGGGCGUAUAACAAAAAAUUUACUAAUGUCGCGUUUUAAUACAACCGAUAUUGUUGAGCAGGAUGCCAGUUUUACAGAAAAAGCACGUGAAUAUUGCACAGAGGGUAAUGAGCAUAACGGUCGCUUAGGUGAAAUAUACACUAUGGGUCUUCAAGAAUUUACACCAGCUGCGAAUAAAUAUGAUGUGAUAUGGUGUCAGUGGGUCCUGGGCCAUCUCACCGAAAGUGACCUUUUCAACUUUUUCCAUCGUAUGCGUGUUGGUCUAACAAACAAAGGUUAUUUAAUAAUUAAGGAGAAUGUUACAUCGUCCAAUAUAGUUGAAGAGGAUAAGCAAGACUCCUCAGUAACACGUCCAUUGAAAAUAUACGAAACUGCAAUAAAAAGUGCAGGAUUUCGAAUUGUAAAAACUUGGCGACAGCAGAGCUUUCCCAAAGGAUUAUACCCGGUUUACAUGUUGGCCUGCCGACCCACAGAAUAAAUAGAGUCUGUCAAUUUUAAAAUUGUGGAGAUAUAACAAUAAUUAAGUUGAACUUAAUAAAAAGCUUAAGUUUACAAACACAAACCUCAUAAAGGUCCUAAAUAAAAUUGCUAGUUAUACAACUGUAUUAUACAUAGUAAAUCAAUAAAAAAAUAAGUAUGUAUACACAAACAUUCAUAUUUAAUUUUUUGAGUUUGAAUAAAAGAAAAGGAAAAUUUA